AUGUUGAGCAACACAGAGCUUUCUCGGAAGAGCAUGGACUUGAGUGAGAUGAGGUCCCCCGGCCUGGGCCGCUGCAGACCCUUCUUUUGGUUGGGUGUCGCCUUCGACGCGGUGGGUGUGGCAGUGCUGUUCACUGGUGUGUUCGCCGACCUGCUGUUCUACGACAUGUUGCUCUAUCUGGGUUCCAUCAUCAUUUUCAUCAGCCUCCUGUGGUGGAUCUUCUGGUACACCGGCAACAUCGAGGCGCUCCCGGAAGACCCCUCGAGGAGGACUUCACCUCGCACAGGCGAGGUCGGGGUGCACCGCAGCGGCAGCCAUCGCUUCUCGCUGACUCUCAGGAGUGUGUCUAACACCUUCCAGCGGAUCCGCCGGCGGCGGCGGCGGCGGCUCCUCCCAAGGGUCCUCCAGAGGAUCAGUAGCCUCAGCUCGACCGACCCGGGCCAGCUGGAAGGGAACAGAGAUGCUGGGACCAUUGGUGGCAGAACAUCGUUCUAUCCUGUGAAGCCUGCAUCUGUUCUGAACCAGCUACAGAAUUGCUCAGUCCAGGCCUCUAAGAGCCUGCCUCUGGUCCCUUUGCAUCCUCCUCUCUCCAUUUGUACUUCUAGGAGCCAGCCUGUCUUUUCGGUGACCUCUCAGUGCUACCCUCUGAUGUCUGGAGCUUCUGGCAGCUACUCCCAGAUGGCUUUGUCUUCUGACAGCCACGUGCUUCUGGACCCUGAUCCUCAGGUGCACUCUAAGAUCAGCGUGGCCUCUCAGGUCUACCCUCUGGAAAGAGUAGACAGUCAGAGCCACCUCCUGGUGCCUGUGCGCUCUGAAAGUUUCCCUGUGGUCCCCAUGAUCUCUCAGAGCCAAAUGCAAGGCUCUGUGUCCUCUGACAGCCAUGUGCCUGUGGACCCCCAUUCCCAGAGGCGCUCUAAGAUCAGCGUGGCCUCUCGGGUCUAUCCUCUGGAAAGAGUAGACAGUCAGAGCCACCUCCUGGUGCCUGUGCCCUCUGAAAGUUUCCCUGUGGUCCCUGUGAUCUCUCAGAGCCAAAUGCAGGGCUCUGUGUCCUCUGACAGCCAUGUGCCUGUGGACCCCGACUCCCAGAGGCGCUCUAAGAUCAGCGUGGCCUCUCGGGUCUAUCCUCUGGAAAGAGUAGACAGUCAGAGCCACCUCCUGGUGCCUGUGCCCUCUGAAAGUUUCCCCGUGGUCCCUGUGGUCUCCCAGAGUCAAAUGCAGGGCUCUGUGUCCUCUGACAGCCAUGUGCCUGUGGACCCCGACUCCCAGAGGCGCUCUAAGAUCAGCGUGGCCUCUCGGGUCUAUCCUCUGGAAAGAGUAGACAGUCAGAGCCACCUCCUAGUGCCUGUGCCCUCUGAAAGUUUCCCUGUGGUCCCCGUGAUCUCUCAGAGCCAAAUGCAGGGCUCUGUGUUCUCUGACAGCCAUGUGCCUGUGGACCCCGACUCCCAGAAACGCUCUAAGAUCAGCGUGGCCUCUCGGGUCUAUCCUCUGGAAAGAGUAGACAGUCAGAGCCACCUCCUGGUGCCUGUGCCCUCUGAAAGUUUCUCUGUGGUUCCAGUGAUCUCUCAGAGCCAAAUGCAGGGCUCUGUGUCCUCUGACAGCCAUGUGCCUGUGGACCCCGACUCCCAGAGGCGCUCUAAGAUCAGCGUGGCCUCUCGGGUUUAUCCUCUGGAAAGAGUAGAUAGUCAGAGCCACCUCCUGGUGCCUGUGCCCUCUGAAAGUUUCCCUGUGGCCCCCGUGAUCUCUCAGAGCCAAAUCGAGGGCUCUCUAGCCCAAGAAAGCCAGCCCCAGAAUCCCCCUGACUUUCAAACACAACCUGAGUCUGUUAAAUCUUCAGAGGGGCAUACUUUGUCCAUGGAGGUUCAUGUGGUGCCGCCUGGAGCUGCCCAAACUCAGGGCUCCCAGACCUCUUUAGCCCAGACUUCUCAAAGUUGCUCUUCAGGUCUCCACCAGGUUCCUAAGAAUUCAAGUGCUGAAGCUCUUGAGACUCUCCCAGCAACUAGUUAG